CAGCAGCAACAACAACAGCAGCAACAGCGGCAGAGCAGGCAGAGCACUCCUAUGAUGAGCCCUGGUCAAUCGAGUCCGGCCAUGUUUAGUCCCCCUCCUUCGGCUACAGGUCUCGGUCAUAUGUCUCGACUUAUGAGCCAAGGACUUAGCCCAAGCCCAGCGGGAUCAGUGGAUAUGGGGACCGUCCAGACGUUGGCGAACGCAGGAAGACAGAGUCGACAGGGAUCCCCAGCCAUGACACCUGUAGUUUCUCGAGCAACGCCUGUUCAGUCUCACUCUAGUCUUGGCUCGCCGUACCCCACAUCACAGCCGGCAUUGUUGCCACUUCAACAGCAACAGAUGUCACCUCAGCACUAUCAAUCGCCGUCUUUUAACCCACCCACAGUAUCUGGAGUCGACAGCAUCGCAUCCAUGAACUUUGGGCAAAAUGUUCGGAACCCAUCCAAGGACCAUGACGCGUCUUCUUUAGUAGGGAAUAGUAACCCGUUAUUGGCUACCGGUGAAGAGGACGAUAUGUUGACGUUGGGCGCCAUGGAAGAUUUGGGAAGCAUGGAGAUGGAUAUGAUGAUGGGAGACCACUCAUACGCUCAUGAUCAGGGAUACGGCGGCGACAAUAGUGACAGCAAUGACACUCAUCUCAGCCAUCGCCAGCAUGAUUUGCCGCAGCCAUCGGAUGAUCAAGAGGACCAUAACUCUGGCCUAAGCAACCUUGAGAUGCAAGGAGAGGAGGACGAGGACGAUGUGAUGAGUGGGUUCUUGAACUUGUAGUUGUAUCACAGUAGAUUAGUACCAUUAGUUGUUUUGUACACCGUUCUUCUACUCGUUGGGUUUACUUUAUAUCUUUGCUUCUUUGUUUUUUAUCUACUUUCUGAUCUACCAGCCAUCUACAUCGAUCGUGUUGGUGGUGCGGAGCAAAUUCCAGAAGCAAAAAAGUAGAUAAACAAAGCUGUAUUUUUAUUCUCAAAAAAAGUUGCUUGGUUUCUAGCCC